GGAGAGGCGUAGAGAUCAACACCAAUUAAGUCUUCGUAUCCGAGGAGAGGGACGCCCUCCAGGCGGCGACGGCUGCUGCGGAGUCAGGGCGAGCAGAGGGCUCGAUAAUUAGUUGCCUGAAGCGGGCGAAGUUGCGGCUAAUUGUAGCUAAUCGGCUCAUUUCUGCCCGUUUGUUUGGCAUCAUCGAGCAGCAGCCAUGGGGCCGGAUGGAUCCUAAACAAAAGCUGCUGGAGAUGCUGGCAAGUAACUGAUGCUGAUCUUUUGGCAGAAAUAGCUCUCUUGGCAAAUGUUAGAAUACAAUACUAUCUUAAAGUAACCAGGAUGCGAUUCCAGUGGGACUGGCUGUGCUUUAGUGUCAUGCUGUUAAGUUCAGUGAGUGCUGAAUCUGAAGAUUCAGAAGUCGAAGUGGAAGAUUUUGACAAGAAUUCAGAAGAUACUAAUGUUGACCAAGGCAGAUCAUCCCUGGAAGUUUUGUACAAGACGCCAAAGCCUUCUGGAGAAGUGUAUUUUGCGGAAACCUUUGAUGAUGGAAUGUUGUCUGGGUGGGUUCUCUCUCAAACUAAAAAAGAGGAUACAGACGAAGAUAUUGCUAAAUAUGAUGGAAGAUGGGAAAUAGAACCAUUAAAGGAAAACACAGUGCCUGGUGACAGAGGAUUAGUACUGAAAUCUGUAGCAAAGCAUCAUGCAAUAUCAGCUAUGUUAACACAGCCAUUUGUUUUUGAUAGUAAGCCAAUGAUAAUUCAGUAUGAAGUGAAUUUUCAAGAUGGCAUUGAUUGUGGUGGUGCAUAUGUUAAACUUCUUUCCAAAAGUGAAGACUUGAAUCUGGUAUGUAGUAUUGGGGUUCCAGUGGAACUUCAGGAAUACUUCUAUGACAAAACAUCAUACACAAUUAUGUUUGGACCAGAUAAAUGUGGAGAAGAUUACAAACUACACUUUAUCUUCAGACAUAAACAUCCUAAAACAGGAGACUAUGAGGAAAAACAUGCCAAGCGUCCUGAUGUAGACCUUAAAAAAAUCUAUUCUGACAGGAAGACUCAUCUAUAUACUCUUGUGCUGAAACCAGAUGACACAUUUGAAAUGUUAAUUGACCAAGCAGUUGUAAGUAAAGGAAGUCUCCUGGAAGAUGUGGUUCCGCCGGUGAAUCCUCCAAAAGAAAUAGAAGAUCCCGAUGAUAAGAAGCCUGAGGACUGGGAUGAAAGACCUAAAAUUCCUGAUCCCAAUGCUGUCAAGCCAGAUGACUGGAAUGAAGAUGACCCUCCCAAAAUAGAAGAUCCUGAUGCUGUUAAGCCUGAAGGUUGGCUUGAUGAUGAACCAGAAUAUAUUCCAGAUCCCAAUGCAGAAAAACCAGAUGAUUGGUAUGAGGAUAUGGAUGGUGAAUGGGAAGCUCCACAAGUUCCUAACCCAAAGUGUGAGACUGCACCUGGCUGUGGAACAUGGGUCCGCCCUAUGAUGAGCAAUCCAAACUAUAAAGGAAAAUGGAAACCACCAAUGAUAGAGAACCCUAAUUAUCAGGGGAUAUGGAGUCCUCAAAAAAUUCCUAAUCCUGAUUAUUUUGAAGAUACUCAUCCUUUUCAGAUGACUCCUGUUGGUGCUAUUGGUUUAGAGCUUUGGUCUAUGACAUCUGAUAUCUACUUUGAUAACUUUAUUAUCUGCUCAGAAAAGGAAGUGGCUGAUCGAUGGGCAGCAGGUGGCUGGGGCUUUAAAAAAUUGGUUGCAAGUGCUAAUGAGCCUGGUAUGUUUAGUCAGUUGGUGACUGCUGCAGAAGAACGUCCCUGGCUUUGGGUUCUUUACAUCUUGACUUUAGCACUACCUGUAGGACUGGGCAUAUUGUUCUGCUGGCCAUCCAAGAAAAUGGAUGAAGAUGUGGACUACAAAAAAACAGAUGUGGUCAAGCCAAUUACAAAAGGAGAACUAGAACAACAGACAGAAGGAAAGGAUGAAGAACUAGAAAAACCAAAUGAAAAUGCUGGUGAAGCUGAAGGUGGUGAACGUGAAGAUGAAGAUUAUGAAGAAGGAAAUGAAACUGCUGACGGAAGUCAGGAAGAAGAGGGCAAUAAAUCAAAUAAAUCUGGCUCAGAAGAUGAGAUGAAAGAAGCAGAUGAAAGCACAGGUUCCGGUGACGGGCCAACAAAAUCAGUGCGCAAAAGAAGAGUACGAAAGGACUAACUUAUUUCCAGCUAGUAUUGACAGUUCCUGACUACAGAACAUGGGCAUUUUGGUUUGUCUACCAGCAUGCAGGUUGUUGAGUCUUAAACUAAAAUAAAGACUGAACUCAAUUAUUUAGCCGCCCACUUCCAUUUUCCAGCCCAGUCCCUCUUAAUCUUGUAAGUUUUUUCCUAAUUUGAGAAAAAACUGUGAAGUUACUUGUUUGUUCAUGGAAUAAAAGGUGAUAUGACUGAUUUAUUGUAAAUAUUCUUUGAAGUUACUUAGAUAAUAUUGUUGGAAAUUAUUUUGGCUUCACAUACUACCUUUUAAAAAGCUCAAAUAUGGGAAUAUAUUUUUUGCAGCGUUAGCACAAAUGCACUGUUUUUACACUUUAGAUUAAAAGGAAUAAACAGUAGUUGUAACAUCCACUAGAGGAUGCCUCUUAGAGCAGAUGAUGCCAACUUUCUGUGCUGAGCUGCAUGCAAUAACUGUGAUUUGGCCAUUUGAGUACAUCAACUUUUUUUUUUACAGUAAUGUCAACCUGCAGUUCAUUUAUCACGUGUUAGUUUGACAUUUGUUGCAGUUGCUCUUUUGUUUUACAGAGAACCACAUUGUCAUUAAUUAUAAACUGCAUGUUUUACAUUUAAAUGCAAAAAUGUUAACUACAUUCCAGUAAAACUGUGUACAGGAGCCUUUUUCACAUUUUUAUAGUUUCAUGUUUCAAGCCAGAGUGGCAUAACCCGUUUACAAAAUAUUUGCUAAGUGUAUAUUGCCUCCUGAAUAAAAAUAUUUAAUAUAA